AUGUCACGAUUAUCCAUUGAUGAUUUACCACUGGAGAUCAUUGACAUAAUAUUUAGCUAUUUCAAUGCGCAAGAAUUAAACUACAUCAAGAAUGCCCCACAGUUUGAAGCUUAUGCAUAUAGACAAUUAUAUUCCACGGUGGUGAUUGGGAAUAUCUACAAUUAUUUGUGGUUCACAAGGAACCGUAUUCUCAUUCCUAUUUAUAAGUUUAGGUCUUUGUUUUUGUUCCCAUUUACUGGUGUUUAUGGCUCGUGCAAAAAUGCUUCUGAGUUAAUCGAUAUAAUAGAGAAUCAUCCAACAGUCAAGCCAAAGCAAAUGUUCUUCUUGAACCCACAACAUCUUAUUAGAUUACAUGAGAAGAAGCCUGACAUUUUAAAAGAUGUUGAAAUUGGAAUAUCGUUUGAAUGGAAUCGUGAGUAUGAUAAAUGGGAUGAUAUGGUUCAAAAGUUGAUGGAAAUGCCAUAUACUUUCUAUUCAUUAAGAUAUCUUGUCGAAUCGGAAAAUGCUUUGUCUUGGGAUCAAAUCAAACGUUUGACAUCGGGGUCUCACCAAAUAUCAAUUGCAGCCAACGUUAAUGAGCUUUUCAACGGAUUCUGUGACAGCCAUACAUUGACAGAACUCCAGUUGACAAAAAUAAUAAAUAUGAAUGAUGUUAUAUACAUACCCCAAAGUGUUACAAAACUCAAUUGUUCUCUUGAAGUUCACACAAAUGAAAGCGUGGUGCAGUUGAUGUUCCCGUCCAAGUUGAGAUAUUUAGAAGUGGAGACUUCUGCAAAUACUAUUUUGGGAGUUCCUAGACCACUGUUCAAUUUGACUCAUUUGAAACUACUAGAGUUUGUAAAAGUGAAUUCUGCUGUUAAGUAUGAUUGGGAAUUUCCCACAAAUAUUAGAAGUAUUAGUAUGCAAGGUUUUAUGGAUUUAGAUGACAUAAGCGUUAACCAUCCAAGAUUGAUAAACUUUUCUGAUCGUACAGUUACACAGAAUAUACUUAGUUAUGGUAAAGAUAAUCCUAUCACUUUCCCUUCCAGAGUUAAAAAGUUGGAUUUAACAUAUGGUUAUUUUGCUACACCUAAAGCCGAAAUUGAAAUUGAACCUGAAAGAGCAACCAAGCGUCGUAAACCAAAUCAUGAGGAACAUGGUUGGUCAUUAAACCAGUGGCCAAAGUACCAACGUAUAAAGUUUCCAGAAUCUUUGGUUGAGUUGAGAGUUGAUGGAUCGGCAAAAGACCUUCACAGAACUAAAAAUGUCGUUGUGAUAGAUUUCAGAAUGUGUGAAUUGCCCCAGUUGUCGGUGCUACUGCUUGAUCAAACUUGGAAUCAAAUAAUAGUUGAUAACUACUUGCCACAUUCGUUGACAAGAGUUCAUUUUAAUGGGGUGAAAGGUCUACCAUUCCACAUGUUAUCUGACUUGGAGAACUUGGUUGAGAUUAGAAUCAUCAGUUGUGUCUUAGAAUCCAAUUCUGACGGGCAGGCUGCACAAUUUCUGGUACAUCUACAAGUUUUGAAUAUUUCGGGUUCUACAUUGUACUCUCCAAUGGCUUGUUCCGAAAUUCCCAACAUCAGAUCACUAACUUUUAAGGAAAAUAAUGCCAGAAUUUUUACUAAUUGUGAUAGGCAUGAGAUUUUAAUUAUACCCGAAAUCCUGGAUAUUCCAUGCGAUAACAACAAAACUGGCACGUUCUAUAGUCAAACUACUAAAGAUGACGGUUUCUUUACUUUUGAUUUUGAAUGGAUGCAAACUUUGACUGAAUUGAGUUUUUCUUCUGUUUGUCUUGUGGAAUUUCCUCGAUUACCACCUUAUAUUGAAAAGGUAUCUUUGGAUUUUUGUCUGAUUGAACAAUUUCCCCUGGAUGAAAAUGAUUCCUUUUCUCUUCCUGACACAUUGGAGCAUUUGAACUUGAGGGGAAACUAUUUCGAUUUGGAUAGUUUGAUGUCAAUUCAUGCCCCCAAUCUUAAGUGCUUGGACAUUAGUAUGGCGCCAAAAUUUCACUUGCCUGAAGUGAACCGAGAAACAAAUCUGGACUCGGAUGAAGUCAGUUGGACAGACACCAAUGUAUUCUCAAAGUUUACCAAACUUGAAGAACUAAUACUAACUAACAAUAAUCUUUCCAAUCUAAUGCCACAUGAAUUGCAUCCCAACAUAUUUGGACCGCUGAUUAAAUAUUUGAAUGUGAUGGGCUGUAAUCUUAGCAAGGAAACGGCCAAGGGGAUCAUUGAUUUAGUGUUGGCCAAACCUAACUUUGAAAGAUUGAUAGUUGAAGAUUCAUUGGUCGGUGAAGAAUACCAACGCUGGGUCGAUAACAUCACUAUUGUGUCUGACGAAGAGCAUUUAUAG